AUGAAUGAUAGCAAAGAAGAAUGCCCAGGCCAAGAAGAUCAUAACAUAAAUAGGCAAAAAUAUUUAUUAAAUGGUAAUAGUUAUAAUUCAGAAAUGAACCCAAACAACGAAUAUAAAGAAUCAUUAAUAAAUUAUAAUAAUUUUGGAAAUAAAAAUGGUAUAUAUAUAGAGGGUAAUGAAAAUGAAACUAACAAUAACUCAAAUGUUGCGAAUAAUUCAUUUUACUAUCACCAAAUAAAUAAUAUUAAUAAUGAAAAUAAAAAUAAUAUUUCAAGAGAUAAAACAAAUUUUUAUGGAAAUAAUUUUGAUAGUAAUAAAAAUUAUAUGAAUAAUAAUGCCGACCAAAAUAAUAAUUUAUACAUGUGCUACGAAAAUGGUAGCAACCAAAAUGUAAGAAAAAUAAGUAGUGAAAACAGUGGCAGCAACCAUAAUCGAAACGAAUAUAAUGAUAAUUAUCAUGGAAAAAAUGAAAAUAUAAAUUUUUAUAACUCUUCUUUAUAUGGUGGAAAAGUAAAUUUUAUAAAAUUCCAAGGAAAUAAUGAUGUAAGAUCGGAUAUGAAUUUACAGCAUGGGCCCAUGACAAAUAUUAUGUUACUAAAUGGUAAUGAAAAUUCUGAUCAAAAAAAUUGUCUUAAUUUUAUAAAUGAUAUUAGCAAUGAAGAUAGAAAUGGUUAUAAAGAAAAUAACAAUUUUAGUUAUAACAUAAAUUUGAAAAAAAAAAAAAAUGUAACAUUCAAUAGUGAAAAUGAUGUAUAUAAUAUACCAAACAGAGAGGUCGCCACAAAUAAUGCUUACGAUAAUGCCAAUAAUAAUGGUGGUAGUAAUGAUCGUAGUAAUGAUCGUAGUAAUGGUGGUAGUAAUGGUGGUAGUAAUGAUCGUAGUAAUGAUGGUAGCAAUGGGUCGGCGAGUUUAAGCCAAGGAAAAAUCGAGUAUGAAAAAAAUGAGACACAAAAUGGGGGGGGCAUUAAUAGAAAUAUUAAUAACACCGAAUUGUAUAAUUUAGUAAAUUUAAAAAAAAAUAAUAAUGCACAUAAUAUGAAUAACAUACAUAAUAAUUAUAUGGAAUAUGACAUGAACAAUAACGAAAAUAAAAUUAGCCAAAUAGAUAAUAAUGUAAAUGAGGGUGGGCAUAUAAAAAAUGAUAAUUUAGAUAAAAAUAAUUUAUUAAAUUUAAAAAAUGAAACCAAAAAUAAUAUAUAUAAUAAUAAUAUGGAAACAUAUGGAAAUAAAAAAGGAAAAAAAGAAAAUUAUAAUGGAAAUAAUUUUAUGCAAAUUAAAUUUAAUAAUACACAAAAUUCUAAUAUAAAUAAUAUGGAUAAUGCUAGCUCAUCAAACAUUAGCCCUUUUAACAAAAGUGAUAAUUGUGAAGAAAUAAUUAAAAAAGAUGGUAAAAAUGAUGGUAAAAAUGAUGGUAAAAAUGAUGGUAAAAAUGAUGGUAAAAAUGAUGGUAAAAAUGAUGGUAAAAAUGAUGGUAAAAAUUUUGGUAAAAAUAUUAGUGAAGACGAUUUAAAAAACCAUUUUGUUUUUAAAUAUCUUAAAAAUAUAGAUGAAAUAUAUGAAACACAAAAAAGAAAUGAAAAAUAUGAUAAUAAUGUUAUCUCAAUUAAAGAAAAUGAAACAAACAAUAGUAUCCACACAUUUAUACAAGCAUCUGCUGAUGAAUUUGAUAAUUAUGUUAAUAAUUAUUAUAAUGUUUUAGAAUUACUUUAUAAUUCUAGUAAAAAAAAAAAAAAUAUAAAUGACAAAAGAGUUAGGGCAUUGUUAUAUAUAUUUAAAUAUAUAAAAAAUACACAAAGGAAAAAAGGAAAAGGAAAGGGAAAAGGAAAAAAUGACCAAAUAUAUUUGUUUGAUGAUACAGAAUUAAAAAAGCUUAACAAACAAGUCGAUUUAUACAUGGAUUUUGUUAAGAAUCGGGAAUACAAAAAUGAUAUGUUUAUUCAAUUUGAGGAAAAGGAAAAAAAAGAAAAAAGCGAAAAUAAAGAAAGAGGCGAACGAGGCGAAAAAACAGAUUCGGUGCCUGAUCAAGCACAAUAUAAUAUUUCGAAGGAAGAAAUGGGAAAAUAUAUAAAAAAUUUAUUAAAAAAAUUACUAAAAAAUAAAUCAAAUUUAUAUUAUAAGCCCUUAAAAAAAACACAAACAAAUAUUAAUAAUUUCUAUUUUAACCACUCAUUAAAAAAAGUUGAUUAUUUACAUAAUUUAUUAGUAUACAUAAAUUUUAUAAUUCUAAAAUAUAUUUGUAUUUUUUCACUAGCUGAAUGGAAUGCUCUUCUUUUUAAAGAUAUCAUUAAUUAUAAUUUUCAAAAUUAUAAUGAUCAAAAUAAGUUAGUAAAAACAAAAAAAGAUCAUCAUUUGGAAAUGCCUAAUGGGGGCAGUUCUGUUUGCGUGGGCCCACCUCCCGACGAGAGCAGAUAUGGAGAUGGAGAUGGAACUAAAAAUGUAACAGAACAUAAAGUAGAUAACGUAACAGAACCAAAAGUAGAUAACGUAACAGAACAUAAAGUAAAUGAUGAAACAGAAGCCAAAGUAGAUAACGUAGCAGAUAACGUAGCAGAUAACGUAAUAAGCGGAAACGUGGAAAAUGAUGUGAACGGCAUUAAUAAAAAUGUGAUAAAUUUCGAAAUAAAUGAAGAAAUUAUAGAAAAAUUAAAUCCGAAUUAUAUGAAUAAAGAAAAUAUGAUUGAUAUAAAUUAUUAUGAGCAUAUUAUUGAGCCUUUUGAUUUUUUUUUUUAUGAUCAAAUAUAUAAUGAAAUAUAUAAUUAUUUAGAAGUGAUAAGAAAUAAUAAUAGAUUAAAUAAUAAUGAUAAUUUAAAUUAUGGUUUUAACUUAAUUAAAAAUUUACCUUUUCAUUAUUUUCAAUUUAUAGAUAUAUUAUCAAAAGAGAUAUUAAAUAUUAGAAAUUUAAUAUAUCGAAAUAAAUAUAUUAGAUAUAUAUUUUAUUAUAUUUAUAAAAAUAUUGAAAAUAACAAUUUAUUAGAAACUAUUAAUAAAGUAUUAUUAAUGGAAAUAAAAAAAGUAUUAUUAUAUAAAGUUCAAAUAAAAUUAAGAUAUAAUAUAUUUAUAACUCGUUUUUUUGAAAAUAAUUAUAAUGUAAUAAAUAAUAAUUGUAUAGAAGAAAAGGAACAAAAUAAAAUAAAUUUUAUACAAGCCAAGAAAUCGUUGUUUAAUCAACUUUUUAAUUCAUAUAAUAAUUAUUAUAAUAUGUAUAUGAAAGAAAGGAAACAAAAUUAUGAAUCAAGAAAAAUAAUUUUUAAUAUUACUGAAGAAAAAUUUCAAGAUAUUCGAAAAAAAAUGGAUAUAUAUCUUAAUUAUUUGGAAUAUAAAAAAAUGGAAAAAGAAACAAACAUUUUUAAAACUUUUGAUAAUUUAGACAAUAAUAUAUUUAGUGAUAAUAAAAAAAUGUAUAAUGAAGAAUUACCACAAAAUGAAUAUGAAAGAAAAAAAUAUAAUUUUGAUGUAUCAGAAAAAUAUAUACAAUUUUUAUAUGAAAAAAAUUAUAUACUUAUUAUAAAUAGUGAAAAAAAUAAUUCUAGAAAAUUAAAAGUAGCAUAUAUAGUUAAAGAUAAAUUAAAAGAAAAUGAUAAUUUAGUAAUAAUUACAUCUAUUUUAAAUAUAAAUAAAUGGAAAAAUUUAUUUUAUGCAUUUAAACAUAUUUCUAUAUAUAAUAAUGAAGAAAAUAUUAUUGAAAAUAAAGUAUCAAACCCAAAUGGUAAUCUUAUUAUAUGUAUUGAUUUUGUUCCUAAAACUUUACAUAUUGUAUGUGAAAAUAUUAUAUUAGAUAUUUGUCACUUUAACAUUUUAAAUCAAAUAAACGUUUUAAAUGAUCUUCGAUUUUUAAAUUUUCGAAAAAAAAUUAUUAUAUUAAAUGAUAUUCCUGAUAAUUGGAAUUUUAUUUUGGCAUUAUUUUUAUUAACCAUUAUUCCGAUCGAUAGUUCAAUUGCAAAUAAAUUUGAAACAGCAUAUUUUGAUGAGGAGGAUAAAAAGGUUUUGUCUAGCAUUAUGAACAGGUUCAUAUCAAAAUUCUUCAUAUUUUAUCGUCAAAGGCCACAGCUUCUAACUGCCGCGAAUGCUGAAAAUGCUGAAAAUGGUGAAAGUGUUUCGAAUGGUGAAAGUGUUUCGAAUGGUGCGAAUGUUUCGAAUGGUGCGAACGCUGGAAGUAGCAAUAAUUUUAGGCAAUGUUUCCUUAUUACCUAUAUGAGUGGAAUACAAAAAAUAAUUUAUGAUAAUGUUGAAGGAGAUAAUAAAGGUAGAGCAUGUAUUCACCCUUUACUUUUAUUAGAUGAAGAAUUAUUUAAUUUAAAAGAUUUCAACAUAUCUGAAAAAUUCGAUUUGCUUAAAAAUAUGAUUAAAAAAUUUUCGUUUUUAAAAAAAAGAAUACUUAUAUGUUACUUUGGAGAAGAUAAAUUAGAAAAAUUAAUAAAAAUGUUAUUAUAUUUACAUUCCUUAAAUGAUAUAUCAAUUAUUUUUGCAAGAAAUAUAAAUAUGAUUAUUGAAACGAUAAGUAAUGAUACAAACAAUUUUGAUGUAGUUAUUAUUAUAAAUGAGCAUAUGCAAAUUUUAAAUAAUUCUCAAUUAAUGAAUAAUUUAAAAAAAAAAAAAGUUACUCUAUAUUUUUUAAUAUCUGUUUUUACAAAAGAAGAACCUGAUCUUACUAUAGAAGAAACCCAUUGCACAAAUAAUAAAGAACUUUAUUUUUUUAAAAAAAAUAAAAAUAAAUUAAUGAAUUUUGAACAAAAUGAUGCUGAUUUAGUGUAUAAUUAUUAUAUUAAUAAUAUGAUAUCUGAAACAGAUGAACAAUUUUUAUUAUUUAAUAUCAUUGAUCAAAAAGAGCAAAUUUAUUGCAAUAGUAGUUACAAUGAGAUGGUAGUUCCGACUUGUUUUGUGAGCAACCUUAUAAAUUCGGAAACGAAUUCUCACCAUUCAGAAUAUUGGCAAGACAUAAAAAAUGCCCACAGCUUUUGGAAUUUCAACAAUUUUAAUAAAGAAAAAAUAGCUUUUUAUUUGGACAAAAAAAAUGCAUUAUACAAUAAAUACAAAAACGAGGUUUACUAUAUUUCUGAGAAUACCAUAGCCCCUCCACAGAUAUAUUACUAUUUAAAUAACCCCAUGAAUGAAAAAAAUACAUUUAACAAUUGCCUAUCAUUGGCAUUAGAUGAAAUGAUUGAAGAGCUUAACAGAAGAAGAGAGCUCAUAGAAUUUGACGAAUUAAAAAAAAAUACCUUAAUAAGCAUUAAGGAAAAAACCAAUAAAAAAUAUUUUUCAUCUAUGAGAAAAGUCGAGAAAAUAUUAUCUGAAUUUUUAAAUGAAAGUAAAAAGAAAUCUUUUGAGGAAUUUUUGAAGGGAUGUAAGGGCUACGGGCAAGUACUAAUGAAGUGUAAAGAAAAAUUGUUUGUAACUUUUAAUAAGUCAUAUAAUAUUCAUUUUAAGAAUUUUGAAAACCUUUGGCUUGAUGAAGAAAAAAAAAGAAAAGAGAAAUGGAAAGAAUUAUGGCAACUAAAUGAAAAUAAUAUUGCAAAUAAAGAUGAUCCAAACAAUACUAAUAUAAACAAUAUUUUUAAUAAUGUAAAUAAAGAAACAAAUGAAAUGACAGAUAAUAUCACAAAUAAUAAUAUAAAUAAAUUAAAAUCAGAUAUUAAUUCCUUUGAGAAGAAAAAUUUUCGAAUUAGGCUUUCAUCACAAUUAUUUGAUGAAAAAGAAUUCGAUAAACUUUUUAUUGAAAGAAAAAAAAUAUGCAUGUCAACAGAUGAUUGUCAAAAAGACGAUAAAUCAUUUUCAUGUGAUGUAAAAAAGGAUGCAGACAAAAAAACAUGCUUAUAUGUUGAAAGAAAAAAUGACAAUCAGGAGGGAGAUCAACAGGCCCAACAAGGCAAUGAAAAUUUAGCGUCAUAA